AUAGACUCUAGUUGCAAAGUUAGUAAGGUUUCUUUUCUUGUUCUGCUGCACUUCACAGAACCCAGUUACCUACAAGUGCACCCACCUAAGCUUACAGUUUCUUGCACAUCCUGAGGGUGCUACUCCAUGGACAAGAUGUCAUCAGGAAGCUGGAAUGGUGGGAAGAAAAAUGCAUAUACAACAGUCAAAGUAGAUCCUGAUGAGGACUAUUGUACCCCAGGGGCAUUUGAACUGGAGAGACUCUUGUGGAAGGGAUGCCCUAAGUACACUCACGUCAAUGAAGUCUGGCCCAACCUCUACAUAGGAGACGAAAAAACUGCCCUGGAUCGCUACAGCCUAGAGAAGGAGGGAUUCACCCACAUCCUCAACGCGGCCCACGGGCAGCGCAACGUGGACACGGGAGCAGGAUAUUACAGCAGCAUGAGCCUGGAGUACCAUGGGGUGGAAGCAGAUGAUCUUCCCACUUUUGACCUCAGCCAGUUCUUUUAUUCGGCUUCCAAAUUCAUUGAUAAUGCACUUCAGGAUGAAAGAAGCAAGGUGCUGGUUCACUGCGCCAUGGGCCGCAGCCGCUCAGCCACGCUGGUCCUGGCUUACCUGAUGAUUCACAAGAACAUGACAGUGGUGGAUGCCAUUGAGCACGUGGCACGGCACCGCUGCAUCAUGCCAAACCGGGGCUUCUUGAAGCAGCUCAGAGAACUGGACAUAGCACUGGCACUGCAGAGGAGGAACAGCAAGAACAGCCUAGCACCUGCUGAGCAGCAGAACAGCACCACCAUCUAGCAUGUCCUGGCACGGCUGUGCUGCUGGAAAAGAAACUCCAUAAAAGGAGGGAGGAGAAGGUGUAGUUAGUUACACAGGAACAAGGAUCAUAUGUUAUUUGCUAGGGGAAAAAAAACAAAGUAGUUUCAAAUAUAAUGUCAGAUGAGAGAGAAGGGAAACCAAAUUUAAAACUCAUCAUCUUAGAAAGUUCCAGCCUUAGGAGAAUUCUUUGUUACACCAACAAAUAAGUUUUUCUCUCUGCAAAAAACCCACAGAUGUUUACAACACAAGAGCAAGCAGAACUUAAAACUCUAUCCUAGCUGAGUACCCCCAAAAUCCUGAUCCUAACUCAAGCCCACAGCCUUUAAAGGAGUGCAAAUAGGCACUCCUGAAGAAACCUUGCAGGAAAAACACCAAAUGGUUUAGUCCAGUGUCCUGAAGCGUUUCACAGGAGUUUGCCUUUUUGUGCUGUUUCCUGGCAAUUCUACUAAUUUUUUCAGUGAUAAUCCAGGGCAGCACAGCAGUUAGAGAGCCUCUACGUGAGGAUCAAUUGCACCAUGAGAACUAGAAACAAAGCAACACCCAUGAGGAGGUCAGAUGCAUGAGCAGCUACAAUGGACAACAACUCAUGGAGAUACAUACAGAUGACAUUUUAGGACUUUCAGUUUUAAUUGCUUAACUUGUCCUAAAUCCUUCAACUGCCUGAAUCCUGUUCUUUACAUUGUUAUGAUGAAGUUCAAUGCUGAACUUUUAGAGCUGCAACAGCCCCCUAACUAAUAGUGGAUCAUAACCAGUUCUAAUGAGAUUUUAGAAAAGGCAAGAAGCACCAAUCAAGUCUUUAAAAAAAAGCCUCUCAGUGAUCUAACAGCAGAAGAAAGCUGCUGCAGUGCUUCCAGACACUGCUCAUAUCUAUCACUACCAAAGGCUUUCUAUCUCAGCUUUAGCCAUCUUAAUAGGUUGUUGUGCUCCCACAUAAUUAAAUUUGUCAAUAACUGCAUCUGCUGACAGAAGUGCUGCUAAUACACUAAUGGGGAUGCCAGACAAAUUUUCUGCCUUAACUUAUUCCAUUUACUGUGUUCAAUAUAAAUUAUCACCAACUGUAUUUUGAAACAAUGAGUUUUACCAGCAUUUGUUAUUCUUCAAAUGAGGAGGAAACCAAUUAAGUCACAUUCACCUUUGCUGCAUCUGCAGAAGGUGAGGUCCUCACCGUCCCCAUCAGAAUUUUACCUGAUUUAAUGUGUGGGAUAGGAGGUAUUUGUUCAGUGCUAAGAGGAAUGGCCUGGCCAUCAAGCACACACGAGAGUUCUCUGGGUAUUUACCAGCUGACAAGGGACUUUGCAACUUUGGUACAGUAUGAACUGUGUAAGUCUGGAUACUCAAAAAAAAAAAUACAGGGCAGAAAUGUGCCAUUGGGAACUGCAAGGAUAGGCUACUAAUGAUAGUUGAGCACAACUUGAUAUAUUUUUUGUAGAUGUUAACACUGUUUCACAGGCUGGCCGCCUCUAGUGUGAAGGCUAUUCUAUUCAUUCACUUCCUUUUGGGGCUCAAAACCCAGUAAAUCAUUCAUCUCCAAACACUACCUGUAGCCAAGGCUGCAGAUAACCAUAAUGCAAUGCUUUUGAUUUAUCAUUUGGAUUUAUCUGCAUAAAUAAACACCUUAUA